AUGCCUGACCCCCGGGGCUUGUGCACGUGCACCCUUAAGGUGUACCUCAUCUUGCUCCUAGGAUACAUCGCACCAGCUGCCUGCCAAUGCAGUGGAAGUACUUUAACCCUGACUGGUACAAAUGACUUUCAGUACUUGACGACACCAGGCUACAACAAUGGCGCUGGUACUUAUCAAAGUGACCUCUCGUGUUCCUGGAUCCUCGAUGGUGGGUCGUCAAGCUGGACUGUCUUCUUCUACAUCGAGAACUAUGACGUCACGUGUCCAGGGGAUUUUAUAGAUAUAUAUGAUGGUAACAUGACGUCAUCCACGGCACUGGCAUCAGCCUUAUGUGGUACAAGUCAGUCAGGGGUGUAUACGUCAUCACAGCGUUACGUCAGAGUGGAUUUUACAUCAGAUUCAUCCAACCAAGGGGCAGGAUUCAAUCUGGCUUUUAUGAAAUCUGCAGACUUGUCCGGAAGUGGAUGUUCGGGUGAACAGAGUCUCACAGCUACCUCAACCCCUCAAUACAUUACCUCUCCAAACUUUCCAGGGGAAUACACUGUGAAUUCUAACUGCCGUUGGGUGUUAACAGCCCCAGAAGGAACGGUAUCCCUGGACAUAAUAUUUAGUGACAUUGAAACAUCCACCAACUGUGCAUUUGAUUCGCUGGAAUUGUAUUCUGGUACAUAUGUAUGUGAAAAAACAAAGAUCGUAUCACUGUGUACACCCCAUCCUAAUGGAGUGACAGCCUCUUACACCAGCAAUGGAACAAGCUUCCUCGUCAAGUUCGCCGCGGACGCCUCUCUCAGCUUCCACGGUUUUGUCAUCAAGUUCAGUGAAAUAGCACCCGUCAUCGACACCACGUCAUCAUCUGCUGUCGUCGCAUCCACGUCAUCUGAAGGUGACUUUUACCUUGGUCUUUACAUCGGCCUCGGAUCAGGGGCAGGGGGAGCCUUUCUUUUCGUCGGAGUUGUCACCUUAAUCCGCCAUUUUUGCUCGUCACAAAAGGGAGUUUCGCCAAGUGUGAAACACGUGGAACCUCUUUCGAUAAGAUCGACACCGUCGACCAGAAACAAUUCCAUAUGCGGGUCAUCUUCCUCUUCUGGAGACAGCACGAGUCGACAGAAGAGUUUUCUGUGUUCAACUCCCAUCAGUCCAGGGGUCGGUUCACUCAUGUUGGACAUUCAGAGACGAAAGUCUAGCAUGCAUAAUGGAUUCAUGCACCACUAA